AUGGCUGGGGGAGAUCGCACAUCCUUAGUGCCAACACCUCCCAUCCAUCAGAGGUUGAAUUUGGGAGCAGAAGAGGAAGCAAAAAGCUGCGAAUUCCUGGUGGAAAUGUUCCUGGAAGAGAAGGUUGAUAAUUGGUUCCAGGGUAUCAAGUUGGAGAAACCCAAGCUGACAUGGAGGAAGUUUGAGGAAUUACUUUGCCAGAGGUUCAAGGGAACUUGUCGUAGGGACAUUGUGGAGGAAUUUAAUAAGUUGCAUUUUACAAGUGGUCUCAAGGAGGAAAUGAAGCCUAUGGUGAAAAUGCUUAAGCCAAACACUCUCUCUGGAGUUAUAAAGGUAGCUCACUUACAGGAACAAGCCCUUAAGUUGCAAGGGAAAACAGUGAAAGAAGGCAAUAAGGUGGUGGCUGAGCCAAGACGAAAUACUAUUUUGUUGGAAGGACAAUUGGCAAGAGAAACUGUCAAGAUUUUAGUGGACACAGGCAGCAGUGAUAGCUACAUCCAUCACAAGCUUGUGUCUACACAAGGAAUUCCAUACAAAUAUGUUAAACCCUUCACUGUCACAAUCGGAGAUAGGAGUUUGGUAACUAGUGGUGCUCUGUGCCCAAAGGUCCUGUGGAAUGUUCAAAACUAUAAGUUUUGUUUUGAUCUGAGGAUCAUGGAAUUCGGUGACUGGGAUCUUAUUUUAUGGGUGGACUGGAUGUGCAACUACAGUCCCAUCACUUUUGAUUUUCACCAACUGAAAUUUUCUAUGUUCCAUCAAGGAGAGAUUGUCGCCUUGCAUGGGGCAGUAAAUGAUGCAACCAUGGAAUUAGUCCGGAGAAAAGACCUCAGAGGAUUUUUGCAAGCUAAAAGAAGGUGUUGUGCUAUUUCAGCACAAGCAGGAAAGGUGACUACAGAGGGGCAAAGGGUACUAGAAGCAAUCACUGUAGUGCUAGAUCAAUUUUCAAAAGUUUUUCAGGAGCCUACUCAGUUGCCUCCAAACAAAAAUCUGGAUCAUCAGAUUCCUCUGAAACCAGGAGUACAGGCCCUCAAAAUGAAAUCGUAUAGGUACCCCCACUCACAGAAAACAGAAAUUGUGAGACAAAUAGCUGACAUGUUGAAGUCUGGAAUUAUCAAGCCAAGUAACAGUCCUUAUGCAUCUCCAGUGUUGCUGGUUAAGAAAAAGGACAACACAUGGCAUUUUUGUGUAGACUAUAGACAUCUUAAUGAUUUGAUAGUUAAAGAUAGAUACCCUAUGCCUAACAUUGAUGAACUCUUAGAUGAAUUAUAUGGUGCUGGGUUCUUGUCCAAGAUUGAUCUGAGGUCAGGGUACCACUAG